CUGUGCCACACUAUAAAAGGCCCUCACCAACCCAUGGCUUCUUCUCCUCAUCAGCCAUAGACAACAAACAAGAUCAAUCACUUGGCCACAUCGCAGCUAUAAUCUACUAGCGCUACUACACUAGAAGCACCCAUAUAAGCAAAGAAGAGACAAGAAGAACAAGAUCAUGUACCACCAUAACCAUGGCGAGGUGGCCAGCCUUCACUUCCUCCAGCCUCCAAAUCCUUCCCGCUCCUUCGCCACUCACCACCACAUGAGCAUGGCCUUGCCGCCUGAGGUCUACUUCCCUCCCUCCUUUGAUCCUACCGCUCUACUUGCCGGCGACGAUGUGGCAGCUGCCUUUGAGUUUGACACUAUUCUUGAAGAAGCGGCUCACCAUGCCAGCGGCAAUGGCUCACCCAGCUCAGGCUCCGACGCCGUUAACUACUGCCAAUUGGGUGGUGCUGACUCUGGCGUCGGAGGUGCGGAGGAGGAAAGGAGGAGGAGGCGGAUGGUAUCAAACCGGGAGUCGGCGCGGCGGUCACGCAUGCGUAAGCAGCGGCAGCUGAGCGAGCUGUGGGCGCAGGUCACCCACCUCCGCGGCGCCAACCGCCGCCUCCUCGACGAGCUCAACGGUGCAUUGAGGCAGUGCGCUGACGCCUGCCGCGAGAGCGCCAAUCUCAGGGACGAGAAGGCCGAGCUGACCAAGAAGCUCGAGCAGCUGUCGGAGCAAUCGGCGCCAGAAGAGAAGGCCGCCUCGAGCAAUCACAGUAGCUGCUCCUCGGAGACAUGCUGCAAGGAGAGCACCACUGUUGCUGCUUCUAUUGAAUGAUGAAUAUUGUUAUACUCGAAUUAUCCACCCAGAUUUUUACUUGAGAGGAUAACAACUACUAUAUCAAUAAGAACAUGCAUGUAAAACUAAACAAUGAUAUAUAAUUAUUUAAUGGCGAUGCCUGGGAUCAGCAUGCACCCUGCACCCUGCAAUCAGUUUCCCUUAUCUGGAAUGUGUUUUGUGUAACCAUUUAGGUACUUAUCUUGUAUGUAUAAAUUAACAUGGAUAAGAUGUAUUAUUGCAAGUUGCAAACUUGAACCCGUUAGAACAGAAGGAACAGUAGCAAGAUCAAAGUAUGAGAGUGAGAGAGCAAGGAAAGACCAUAAGCCAGUGAGAAGGACAAGUGUUUAGCUUUCCAUUAUGCUGUGCAACUAAAUGAAGAGAAAAAAUAGUGUCUUCACUUGAUGAUAUCAUAAGCUCAACUUCCAUGUAAUGGCUUUGUGAUUCCUAAUGAAUUGUCUACUUCA